GAGAGGGCCCUUGGACCAGAGCAUCCCUAUACUCUCAGCGGCAUCAACCACCUUGGUGUGGUGCUGGAACGACAGGGCAAGUAUAAAGAGGCUGAGGCCAUGCAUCACCGAGCACUAGAAGGCAGAAAGAAGGCCUUGGGAUCAGACCAUCCCAACACUCUUACUAGUGUCAGUAACCUUGCUACAGUGCUUGACCGAGAGGGCAAGUACAAAGAGGCUGAAGCUAUGCACCGGCGAGCAUUAGAAGGCUUUGAGAGGGCCCUAGGAUCAGACCAUCCCGACACUCUUACUAGUGUCAGCAACCUUGGUUCAGUGCUUGAACGACAGGGUGAGUACAAAGAGGCUGAAGCCGUGCACUGGCGAGCAUUAAAAGGGUAUGAGAAGGUCCUAGGACCAGAGCAUCCCUAUACUCUUAGUGGCCUCAGCCACAUUGGUUUCGUGCUUGAACGACAGGGCAAGUAUGGAGUGGCCGAAUCCAUGCAUCGACGAGCGUUAGAAGUCUAUGAGAAGGCUCUGGGAAAGGAGCACCCCUAUACUCUCACUAGUCUCAACAACCUUAGUUCAGUACUUGAACGACAGGGCAAUUAUGGAGAGGCUGAGGCCAUGCAUCGACGAGCAUUAGAAGGCUAUGAGAAGGCUCUAGGACCAGAGCAUCCCUAUACUCUUAGCGGCCUCAGCCACAUUGGUUUAGUGCUUGAACGGCAGGGCAAGUAUAGAGUGGCCGAAUCCAUGCAUCGACGAGCGCUAGAAGGCCGAACGAAGGCCCUUGGACCAGAGCAUCCUUAUACUCUCACCAGUGUCAACAACCUUGGUUUAGUGCUUGAACGGCAGGGCAAGUAUGAAGAGGCCGAAUCCAUGCAUCGACGAGCGCUAGAAGGCCGAACGAAGGCCCUUGGACCGGAGCACCCCGACACUCUCACCAGUGUCAACAACCUUGGUUCAGUGCUUGGACGGCAGGGCAAGUAUGGAGAGGCCGAAUCCAUGCAUCGACGAGCGCUAGAAGGCCGAACGAAGGCCCUUGGACCGGAGCACCCCGACACUCUCACCAGUGUCAACGACCUUGGUUCAGUGCUUGGACGGCAGGGCAAGUAUGGAGAGGCCGAAUCCAUGCAUCAACGAGCGCUAGAAGGCCGAGCGAAGGCCCUUGGACCGGAGCACCCCGACACUCUCAGCAGUGUCAACGACCUUGGUUCAGUGCUUGAACGGCAGGGCAAGUAUAGAGUGGCCGAAUCCAUGCAUCGACGAGCGCUAGAAGGCCGAACGAAGGCCCUUGGACCAGAGCAUCCUUAUACUCUCACCAGUGUCAACAACCUUGGUUUAGUGCUUGAACGGCAGGGCAAGUAUGAAGAGGCCGAAUCCAUGCAUCGACGAGCGCUAGAAGGCCGAACGAAGGCCCUUGGACCGGAGCACCCCGACACUCUCAGCAGUGUCAACGACCUUGGUUCAGUGCUUGGACGCCAGGGAAAGUACGAAAGAGGCUGA